AUGACGGUUGCCCAAGCGCAAGCCGAUGGGAAGUCCGGAGUUUCGAAUGAUACUAAACAGAACAACACCGAAAUCAAAAUCCUAAAAACCACAGAAGGAAUCAGUAAAUCUGUAGAUUCGACAAUUGCCGACAUCGAAAGCAUCCAAAAAAGUACAAAAAAGACUAGUGAAUCUGUUGAUCCUGCGACUACUACCAUUGAAACAGGGCUCCUGAUGCCCAAUGCUCUCCAGAAGUUUCUAAGGCACAAAGUUUAUCAGCAGUUCCUGGAGGGUUUCCAUAGAAGAUUUAAAACUGCAAAAAGUAUGAAGACUUGA